AUGGCUUUGGUGCCUGGCCUGCCUGGUCUGCCUGCGCAAGCCGGCAUCUUGGGACCAGCUCCACUUGCAUCAGCGGCGUUGCUGACGGAGCCCAUGUACAUUCGACCUGUGGUGGCCUGCCCAUGGUCUUCGGUCGCUUUGGAUGGACCUGGCACCUCCCUGGCCUCGAACCCUGGGAGCUUGGGACAUCCAGAGGUUUGCAGACGGCCGUGCAUCUACUUCUCAGUAUCAUCCUGCACGAACGGGGACCAGUGUGGCUAUUGCCAUAUGCAGCAUGCACAGCGGCCUGCGCAUUUAGACAAGAGGCAGAGGGAGUUGAUGCAGACGCUGAAUACCGGCGAGCUUAUGGCGGUGCUUCUCAGGCAUUUACGCCUGAAGGCCGAGGAGAAGGGCUUUCUCCCUUUGGCUAUGGACGUCUUGGCUAUCCUGGAACGACAUGCAGAAGCACCUACUGCACGCGUGCCGAUGAAAGUGCAGAGCAAGCUCGAUGCCCUGCUGAGCAAGAUGACGUUUGCCGCCCUGAUCGGCAUGGCGCUCCGGCGCAAGGAUGUGGAUCCUGGUUUCGUGCAAGAGAUGAAUCAGGCACCGCUUCGUGGAUUUCCGCACAAAGAUGCAGUCCACAUGGACACGAGGCUGACAGAGCGUCUGCGGGAGCAGACGUUCUCAUCCGUUGAGCCGACGAGGAGGCGCCAACGGGCAGCCAAAGCUCCCAUGGCAGGCCAAGGAGCUUAUGGCUACAACAGCCCGUAUGGCUACGCGUACAGCGGUUACGCCACGCCUGGAGCAGCCACCCGAUCUGCAGCAUCAUCGCCAUACCAAGGCAGCGCCUACAGCCAGUAUGGAGGCGUUCCGACAGAGCUCUACCCGCAGGAGCCUGCAUCAGAGUCGCUCAAGAUUUACAGUGACCUCUUUGAAGAGGUCAUUGAACGCGAUCGUGUGUUUGGAUCCUUGUUGCGAAAGGUCAAGGCGGCCUAUGACUCUCACUUGACCAGAGAGGUAGGAGCGGUGCCGCCCAUGCCCGGUGUCGCAGCAAGCCUUCCAAAGGCCCUGCCCAGAGGCCUUGCAAGCGAGCCGGUUCUCGCCCCUGAGGCCUCGCAAGUGGAUGCUUCGCAGCCAUGGGAACUGCACCGCGAGAACCAGGCUCUCAAAGACCUGAUCGAAAGGUUGCACAUGGAACUUGAGGUGGCUGUGAAGCGUGAACAGCGCUGGAAGAACAAGGCUUCAAAGCUCAAGGCCCGUGCAAACGCAUCCCGCCUGUCCAGCAGCCAGUUGAUGGCCCCGGCGCAGGAAACACCCUCCUACUGGGCCGGCGCAGGCCAUGGUUUCCCACAGAUGGACGCUCAGUGGGAUGUGCGGCGAUGGGCGCGCUGGGAGCGCGGGGGCCUCUUCAUGAGCCCAGGUCCUUCCAUCCUAGCCGUCGGGAACCUGCCCUCGAUGCCUCCCAGCCAGCGCAGGUACGUGUGCAACGCGCUUGUGUUCACAAAUGGCAAGCUAGGAGAGCACGAACUACCCAUCGAGAGAUCCGUUCCACUGGCCAUCCGAAAGUACCUCGAUGAGCUCCGGCUGGAAGUCGAGAAACUUGAGGCCCAAGUGGCCGAACUUCAAGAGGAGGCGCUGCCUAAGUCUGCGGAGACCGGCGCUGUGAGGCUCAACGUGGGAGGUGACACGGGUUUCGAGCUUUUUAGAGAGCAGUUUGAUUGCUUUCCCAAGUCCCUUCUGCACUCGAUUGUAACUGGCCGCUGGGGCGGGUACACAAGCUUGGAUGAUGAUGGCCGCAUCUUCCUCGACUUAGACCCUGCACAGUUUCGUUGCGUGCUGGACUGGGCCUUUGAAGGCGCCGAAUCGGAACGCCGCCGUGCCCCGGAGACCUCGGAGCCGCAGACCUGGGGCCUGGACCUCCUGCUGCGCUUUCUCGGCUUGGCGGAAGAUCCUGCCACAAUCGUUGGAGAGCCCAAGGUGAAGCUGGACCCAGAGGAUGGUGCCAUUUGUACAUACACAGAGAUCUUUGGCGGCAAGUCCUCCGUUCAUGAAGGCUUGCUUGCCUCCUGGCGGAUCACAUCCGCGCCGUCCAGGAGGAGGGCCAAGAACUGCACCAAAGGAGAAGUGCAGCUCAGGACCAACUGGAGAAAUUGGAAACGGAACGCACAGGCUUGGAAGCAAGAAGCACGCAACAGUCAAGACUCGGCCGAUGCUGCGCGAUUGUACAUCUGUGCUGUGCUUAGGUCUACUUCAAUGCCGCGGGUCGGAUCCUGGCCACAAGCCGCGCCACGCUUCUACACUGUACGGGCUCAAUGCUUGAGCGUUGGUUUGGUGCAGAGCUCGGGCAGUGUUAAGUCUGGAAGUGCUCGGUCUUUGGGUGGUGACUGGACACUCCAAGAGAGCGACCUCGUCGGCAACGCGGUGCGGAUUGACCAGGACUCCGAGACCUUCGCGUCCGUGCUGCAGAUCCUAAGAUAUCAUCGCAUCUUCGGGCCGAGCUCUGGACUGCCCGCCGGGCAGCCCUGCCGAAAGGCCAAGCUCCCGGCUCUGCGCCAGGCCUUGUCCUACUUCCAGCUGGAGCAGGUGAAGGGCAACGGCAAAGGCUUCAAAGGCAAAGCCUCGCGGAGCGCUUCCGCCUGGUUGCGGCCGGAGUCGCUGCACAUCCCAAAACGCGAGGAGGUUUUUGAAGCCUCCUCCGACACGAACAGCCCCGUCAGAUGGGAAGUCGCCGUGGAAGUCGCUCUGUGA